AUGGCGUCCGCGUUUAGGGAAGAGCAUCACGACUCUGAUGUCGAUUCGUACCACGCCACAACCCACCAGGCCACCACCGCCCGUGUCUCGGGCGGCAACGGCAACGGCGUCGGACGCGGCAAUCAGCAUGCUGGCCAACAGCUAGACGGCGACGACAUGCCUCCCUUGGAAAAUGCAUCGACGGCGGAUACGGAUGACCACAUUAUCAGCAAAAACAGCCCGCGCCGAGAACUCACUCGAGAAAAACUCGCCACCGCUGCCAGAAACUCACGAGCGUGGAGUGCUGCCCAUAUCAAGCACAAAUGGAAGUGGUAUCUUCUGGGAACCAUUAUUUUCCUUGCCAUCUUGCUGCCUAUUGUCUUCAAGGUGGCCCUUCCCGCCAUUGUCCAGCUCAUUGUGAACCAGCAGACACUCCCCAUCCGCAGCGGCUAUCUCAACGUUGUUGCGCCCGAUACGAUCAAGCUCACCCUUGAUAGCUCGUUCCGUAUCCCGCCCGGUCUCAAGGCAACGACCAACGAAUUUGUCCUCCAGCUCUACGACAAGAGCGCACCAAAAUUCUCCCCCUUCCUAUCCGUCGAGGUGCCCCCUCUGACCCUCAAUGGCGGCAACACCAACUUCAGCAUCAAGGACCAGACCCAAAAAGUCACCGACAUGGAAUCCCUAACUUCAUGGUUCGGCGGAUUCUAUGAUGCGCCCGGUAGCUACGACCUCAGCGUCCGUGGCACCCAGGCUGUCAUCUCUCUCGGCGCGCUCAAGUCGGAGCCUCGCUUGGAUAAGACCAUCACGGUGCAGGGUCUAAACAAGCUUCAAGGGCUCCAGAUGAAGAAGCUCGAGUUUCUCUUCCCAACCCAGAACGGCAUUAACAUCAAGGGUGACCUCAUGCUUCCCAAUCUCAGCCCGCUCGCUCUCUCUUUCGGAGACAUUGAACUGAACAUUGCUUCGGGUGACUUGAAGGUGGGCCACUUGACUUUGUCCGACAUUACCCUCCAGCCAGGCAACCAAACGCAGUCGUUUGAGGGUUUCCUUGACCUCAACGCCGUCAUUGGAAACCUGAGCACCUUCCUUGGCAGCCAGUCUCUCCCGCUUGGCGAAGGUGUUCUGCAGCUCAACGCCACGGCCACAUCGGUUAUCGUCAACGACCAGCACAUUACGUUCCUCGAGGAGAUUCUGGGCAAGCGCCCGCUGGCGGUCAACAUUUCUGUCGUGACUCUGCUUAGCGACCUUCUCAGCGGCCUACUCAAGGGCGGCGGCGCUAUUACCGGCUCUGGCCCGAACAACGGUACCGACUUUAUCGACAAGCUGUCUGGUGUUUUUGCCAACCAGACCCUCCUGAGCGGCAUUGCGGGUCACUGGACUAAGCACAAGACGCGCAGCCUCGGAGACGGCGGGCUGGAGUCGCGCUCUCUUUUGGGUGACAACGCAAUGUGGAACAUGGUGAAGCUGGGGCUCAAGCUCAAGGCUAUGCAGGCGAAGAAGUAA